AUGAUGGAGCUUGAUCCGUUGAGCAGUCUACCAGACGAGGUCCGUUCUCACAUACUAUCGUUCCUCACCACAAAGGAAGCCGCUUCGACAUCGCUUCUCUCAAAGAGGUGGCGCAAUCUCUUCGCGCUCGUCCCCAAUCUCGACAUUGACGACUCUGUCUUCCUUCAUCCGGAAAAAGGUAAGCGGGAAAGAGACGGAAUCCUGCAGAGCUUCAUGGAAUUUGUGGAUCGAGUAUUGGCUUUACAGCGUGAUUCACCCAUUAAGAAACUCUCCCUCAAGUGUAGCACCGGUGUUUCUCCACUCCGUGUGAAUUUCUGGAUACGCAAUGUGUUGCGGCGCGGUGUCUCGGAGCUUGAUCUGACCGUCGAUUUCGGAGAUGAGUAUCGUCUGCCUCUGGAGAUGUUUGUUAGUAAGACACUCGUCAGCCUGAAACUAACAACCAAGUUUGUUCUUCGUUGGUGGCCUGGAGCUGGAGGUGAAGGCACUUGUUUACCAAUGCUGAAACGUCUUUAUGUUGAAGCCAAGAUGGUUUUCUGUGAUGAUAAGGUUGAGAGGCUUCUUCAAUCUUGCCCUGUGCUUGAGGAUAUGUACAUGCGUGACUUACUGUGGAGUAAUUUGGAUGAAAACUUGUCAAGUGCAACACUCACAAGGCUUAAACUUUGCGCCAUGGGCUCCAAGAUCUUUCAGAAUCCAAAGACCGUUUCUUUCGAUGCUCCGAAUCUGCGUCACUUAAGCUACGCUGAUUUAGUUGCCGAGGACUAUCCGUUGGUUAAUAUGAAAAACUUAUUCGAGGCUCGGAUUCUCUUGUUGUUGACUGAAGAUGAAGUCAAGCGAAUAAGAGCAGCGCCAAAUGAUGAUGAUGUUGUUCUCAGAUUUGGCAACGUGGUGAAGCUCAUGAACGGCAUACAGAGUGUUCAAGUUCUUCACUUGGAGUCUGAUACCCUCGAGGUGCUUUCUCUGUGUCGUGAAUCGAUGCCGGUGUUCAACAAAGUCAAAACGUUAUGUAUUAGCAGUGACGAGCGUCGAGGAUGGCAAGUAGUGCCAGGUCUUCUAAGGAACUGUCCGAAUUUAGAAUUUCUGCUUUUUCAUGGCCUCGUGCACCAUGUGACAGAUGGAUGCGGGGAUGCUUGUGACUGCAACUAUCGCAGGGACAAAGGCCGUUCGCUCAGAUCUUGCCCUGUUAAGUAUAUACAGAUUCAAGGGUUUAGAGGAACGAUGAAAGAGAUGCGGAUGAUAGAGCAUUUCUUGGACUAUUUUCCUUGUUUGAAGGAGAUGAGGAUCUAUGUUGAAGAGAAUGGCCCUACACCGCUUAGAGACGAUUUUGAAGCCUCUGAACUUGUCGUGGAGAUGAUUGAAGACUACAAGGACAUGUAUGAUUGCAAAGUCAAGCUCCUCAUGACUGAUUACUUGGUUAACAAGUGGACUUCAGAACUAGGUCUCUGA